AUGCGCAUCCCGAUCGCCGCCCUGGUUCUCGGCAGCCAAGCUACCGCGGCGCUGAAACCGUGGGAGAUCUCGGCCCUGCGCACCUUUUCGCCGUCGGGACGGCCCGACAGCUCGCCGUGGAGCUUCAUCAACCUGACCAUCGCCGACCGCAACACGUACGCCGCGACAGCACCUCCACCAGACGCCUCCGCUCCCGGAAUAGCCGCAACCUGCUUCGUACAAUGGCCGUACGCCGGCGACGCGUAUGGCCGCGAGGUGAACUGCACCACCACCACCACCACCACCACCCCUUUGUCCUCCUCGCCGCCGCCGGAAUGGACGCUUACCAUGCUCCCGACGCCGGGGUCGGCAUACGCGUCCCCGCUGAACGAUUUCAUGCUACGCCUUACGCUCACGCUCAAGUUCGCAGGCGCUGAGGACAAGUAUGAGGGCUCGGCGCGCUUCGCGCUUGGCCCGGGCCAGAACCUGCAGGGCAUCUGCUCUGCCAGCGGGGUUUGUGCGUUUGCGCUUAGGGACGAGGCUGUGCCUGUGCUGGUUUUGCAAACGAGGGUGGCAGGGGGCUUGCUUGGGUAG